CAGUGGUGAGUUGCUCCUCUCUUCGCCCUCCCUCGCUGCUUCUAUCCAAAGAGUGCUGAGCCCGGGAGGAGGUGGGAGGUGCCGCGGGGUGUGAGUAUUACGGAGGCAGCGGGCAUCUUCAAGAGGGACUGGCAUUUGGGCCCAGGAACUGGGAAAAUGUCCUGAGCUCGCCGGCCUCGAGGAAGGCACGUUUCCUAAGGGCGCACAGUCACUGCCGUCUUCCACCGCCCGUCUGUUUUUAGAACGGAGUUCUCAGCCAAGCUUAUAAAUCUCGGGCUUGGCCCCCAAGCUCCAGACUCUUUCCGGACAGAACAGGUGAGCACUUCGCACUGCUCUGGCGGUUCUUGAGUCCCCUGCACUCCCUGCGCUCCCAGCGGCCUGGGCCCCGCGGGCUCAUCAUGUUUCCUUGGGGGCUGAGCUGCCUGUCAGUGCUGGGGGCGGCUGGCACUGCUCUCCUGUGCACCGGCCUGCUGCUUAGCCUAGCCCAGCACCUCUGGACCCUCCGCUGGAUGCUGAGCCGGGACCGGGCCUCCACUCUGCCUCUGCCCAAGGGCUCCAUGGGCUGGCCCUUCUUCGGUGAAACGCUGCACUGGUUAGUUCAGGGCUCGCGCUUCCACAGUUCUCGCCGGGAGCGCUAUGGGACAGUGUUCAAGACUCACUUGCUGGGCAGGCCAGUGAUCCGCGUCAGCGGCGCAGAGAACGUGCGCACCAUCCUGCUGGGCGAGCACCGCCUGGUGCGCAGCCAGUGGCCGCAGAGCGCGCACAUCCUGCUGGGCGAGCACACACUGCUAGGUGCCGUCGGCGAUCCGCAUCGGCGGCGGCGCAAGGUCCUGGCACGAGUGUUCAGCCGCGCCGCGCUGGAGCUCUACGUGCCGCGCCUGCAGGGGGCGCUGCGGCGUGAGGUGCGCUCCUGGUGCGCGGCGCGCGGGCCGAUCUCGGUUUACGACGCCGCCAAAGCGCUCACCUUCCGCAUGGCCGCGCGCAUCCUGCUGGGGCUGCGGCUGGACGAGGCUCAGUGCGCCAUGCUGGCCCGGACCUUCGAACAGCUGGUGGAGAAUCUCUUCUCACUGCCUCUGGACGUGCCCUUCAGUGGUCUGCGCAAGGGCAUCCGGGCAAGGGACCAGCUGCAUCGGCACCUGGACGGGGCCAUUUCUGAGAAGCUUCAUGAGGACAAGGCUGCAGAGCCAGGUGAUGCCCUCGACCUGAUCAUUCACAGUGCAAGGGAGCUGGGCCACGAGCCCUCCAUGCAGGAGCUGAAGGAGUCGGCUGUGGAGCUCCUCUUCGCCUCCUUCUUCACCACGGCCAGUGCCAGCACCUCGCUCGUCCUGCUGCUACUGCAGCACCCAGCGGCCAUCGCCAAGAUCCGAGAGGAGCUGGUGGCGCAGGGGCUGGGGCGCGCGUGCGACUGCACACCUGGGGUAGCGGGAGGCGGCUCGGGGCCCCUGCCCGAUUGCGGCUGCGAGCCGGACCUCAGCCUCGCAGCCCUGGGCCGUCUGCGCUACGUCGACUGCGUGGUCAAGGAGGUGCUGCGCCUCCUGCCGCCCGUGUCCGGGGGCUACCGCACCGCUCUGUGCACCUUCGAGCUAGACGGCUAUCAGAUCCCCAAGGGCUGGAGCGUGAUGUAUAGCAUCCGAGACACGCACGAGACGGCUGCAGUUUACCGCAGCCCUCCCGAAGGCUUCGACCCGGAGCGCUUCUGCUCAGCGCGCGAAGAUUCGCGGGGCACCUCCAGCCGCUUCCAUUACAUCCCGUUCGGCGGCGGUGCGCGCAGCUGCCUCGGCCAGGAGCUGGCGCAGGCUGUGCUCCAGCUGCUAGCUGUGGAGCUGGUGCGUACCGCGCGCUGGGAGCUGGCCACACCCGCCUUCCCUGCAAUGCAGACCGUGCCCAUUGUGCACCCCGUGGACGGGCUGCGGCUCUUUUUCCACCCCCUCGUGCCUUCGGCUGCAGGGGAUGGGCUAUGCCUCUGACCUGCUUGCACUGUAGGACACGGCUAGGCCAGUGGCUGUAGCAGGCAGCGCCACCCAUCCGCAGCUUCCCAUUGUAGCGUCGCGCACCCUGUCGUUCACUCGUGCAACAAUCGUUCAACAAGCGUUCACCAAACGCGAAUGUGUGCCGGACUCGAGGGAAGAGGAGCUCGAGCCACCGCUGCUGUGCCAGAGAAGCAUCUAAGCCCAUGGGAAGGUGCCUUCUGCGCGCCGCGCCCAGAGGAAGGCAAGGUCGUGGGCCAAGCUUACAGGCUCUCGAAGCAAGAAUGGAGGGAAUAGAUAGAUCCCCACUAGGUGCUGCCUUACUUUCCCUUCCCGAACCAAUCCAGGGACGGUGCAUGGAUGGGGAAGGCGGGGUAGGGGUGGUAGGGGAGUAGGGAUAUUGCAACUAGAGGACCUUGAAAAGAGACCCGAGCACGCGGUGGGACCUACCACCCAUGUAGAGAAGCGGGGACGCAGCUGUGGGCGCAACGCUGGCCUGGCUUUGGGGCACAGAAAAACACACAGAGGAGGCCCGAAGGAAGGCCCCCUGGCAGCUGGCCUCCGGCUUCGUGCACCUUGGCCACUCUGCUGGUCUCCGUGGGAGCUCUAAAGAGCUCAAGGUCACUAGAUUCUGCUGGUGACUUCUUAAAAAGAAAAAUUCCUACUCUAAGAACGUAUUUAGUCUUCUCAUGUAUAUAGAGACUGGGCACACCAACACGUCUCCAACGCUGGAUUAGGUUCAUGGGAAGUUGAGACAUAAUCAGAAAGGUUUAGAUAUUUGUAUCAAAAGUCGGAAGGCCAAGAAAUAAAGUGUCUUAGGAGUGGUUAAGUGAGGAAGCUAGGGCUUAGCUGGGCAGCUGCUCCCUGGGGGGAAAGCACCCGGGUGAGGGUUGGGAAGGCCGGGAAGGACCCACCACAGAGUAUACCCAGAGAGGAGCUGGGAGCUGGGCAGCCGGGGGCCUGGGCUCCCCUGACUUCUCUCUGAGUAUAACCCUUGAAGCUGGGCUGUGAAUUGUCUCCAGGUUUCAGGGACCUUUUUUCCCCCCUUUUUUUGGAGGCAGGCUCUCCCUCUGUG